AUGACAACUUUACUUACAUUACCACCUCAUCUCCAGGAGGCUAUCCAAGAUUUACUCUGUAGCGAUGUGGAUCUGCCCAAUGAUUUGAGAAAGGAAUUAAGUCGAACGAACUCCAAUCGAAAUCGUCGAUUAUCCUCUCCCCAGUCCAAACAGGAUAGAUCGCUUGGAUCGGCAGAAACAAUAAUCGAGAUUAAAGAUAAAGUUGAUGAUGAACCAAAGAGAAGUAUCCAGGUGGAGCGACUCAAGAAUGGACACACGAUAUCGAUAGAAAAUCAAGAUGAAUCUGAUAAUUCAGACGUAAAUCCGACUAUACCUCAUGAGACGUUAGAAAGUCUUUCUCGUUGGGCAUCAUCCGACAGCGGUCGGCGUGCGUUAGGUUCAAAUGGACUAGAUCGUAGCAGAUAUAGUAUAAUCUCAUUAUUGGUCGGAACUGAGGUUUAUAUACCUUUUAAUGAACUAGAAAGAAUGAGAUUAGCUGAGAAUGGGAGUCUAGAUCGUCCAAAUCCAUAUCUUCCAUCCUACCUAUCACCUAAUAAUCCCACUACGCUCGGAUCCAGCAACGGAUUGGGAUCCGAAUUUCGUUCAUUAUCAAAAUCAAUAUCCACAAUCCUGAAUAUCCUAUUUUCCAUAUUCGGUUCCGGUGCGGCUGUUUACGUUGCAAGUACGACCGGCGCGGGGUAUUCGCGUGAAAUAUCAAUUUUGUUAGCUGUCUUGACUGGAUUCAUCGUUGGUAUCGCAGAUGCGAUUUUGGUUUGGAUAUUCACUAAGAAAGUAGAAGAGAGUAGGGUCGAAAGACAUAAUACUGGAAGAAAAAUGUUAUCUGGUUCUGGCAAGUUGAGUGAGACUGAAGAGAAUCUGAUUACAGAUGGCAAUGAGGAUGAUAUUCAGGACGAGGAAGACAGUCAGAAAGGUAAUGAGCAGAUCAUGAAAGAGAAAAUAGGAUCAUCGGGUGUCAAGAAAGAAAUCAGAUUGAGGAGGCGUGGACUGAACGCUUCAAUACAAUGA